AUGAUGUCGAAGAUCUGGUCGGCUGCGUGCAUGAUGGUUCUCCUGUUGACUACCGCUUUCCCUCGAGAGGCCGAGGCUAAUGCGGAUGAAGUGGCAUUCGCGCAGAUCAAGUGGCCCAAAUGGUUCUGGUGCUUCCCUGAAUGCGUCUUCGGAGAGACCUGCUUCUUCCAUGUGUACGAUAUGUGCUUUGAUGUGGAUCCCAAAGCAGGAUGGGUCAUCUGCAUGUUGGUGGCUCUUGACUGGUGCGACAUCAACCAUAUCCACAAUAACUCCAGUCAGUGCAUCAGGUUGUGCGAUCCUCCACCUCCGGUAUGUUAA